GAAAGGAAAAUUAUACAACUUUAUAUAGCCCCUUUUUUCCUUCUCAUCUGCCAAUAAGAAAUCUUGGUUUGCCCUAAUUUGGUGCAAACUUUUCUAUAUCCGCCGUCACCUAAUUUGUGAAUCUAUACUCAAAUUCAACUUCUUGUUUCUUCAAAGAUUAUAUUGAUUCUGCUGGAAUGAGGAGGAGAAGUUACAGCCCAUCACCACCAAGAGGUUAUGGCAGAAGAGGAAGGAGUCCAAGUCCCAGAGGUCGAUAUGCUGGUCAUGGUAGAGAUGGUCCGACUAGUCUUUUAGUUCGAAACCUUCGCCAUGAUUGUCGGCCAGAAGACCUCAGGAGGCCAUUCGGGCAAUUUGGCCCUGUGAAGGAUAUUUACUUGCCAAAGGACUACUACACUGGUGAACCACGAGGCUUUGGAUUUGUCCAGUUUGUGGAUCCUGCUGAUGCUGCAGAUGCUAAGUAUCAGAUGGAUGGACAAGGUUUUCAAGGUCGGCAACUGACUGUGGUUUUUGCAGAGGAAAACAGGAAAAAACCUACUGAAAUGAGAUCUAGGGAACGCAGUGGAAGUCAUAGGAGUAGCCGCAGCUAUGAUAGGAGACGUACUCCACCUUCACGUUAUGCAAGACCAGGAUCACACAGCCGUGAUUACUCUCCCAAGAGAAGGCCGUACUCGAGGUCUGUCUCACCUGAAGAGAAAAGAUACAGUCGUGAGAGGUCAUAUUCACGAUCCCCUCCUCGGGACCUGUCUCCUCCACCACAUAAUGGAUCAAGGAGUCGAAGUCAAACUCCAGUCAGAGAGCACCCACCAUACAAUGGCAGUCCAAGGAGCCGUAGCAGAAGUCCAGUUAGGAGGGAGCGUUCUCCAGUUAGGGGUCACAGCAGGAGCCCUAGUAGGAGCCGUAGCAGGAGCCCUGGUUGUGCUCCCUACUCACCAUGAUCCAAACUGCUAUGUGUCUUCAUGAUUCUGAACUCUUUAUGUCUUAAGUAGAUGAAUGCUGUAAUAUGGAUCUAUCUUUGGUGCUGUUUCUAAACUCGAAUAUCCGUUUUAUGCGACUCUUUUUCUUUUUGAUUCUGGGUAUUUUUAUGAGAUCUAUGUGGUAAACUCAAUUCCUUCAUGUGCUUCGUGUAUGCAUGGGAAAAUGGAUGCAUUUUAGUUUGUCUC